CUUAACUCGAAAUCAUUGGAUUUAUUGGUCUUUUUAAACUCAUUACAGUUGUAAGAGUUUUUGCCUGCAGAUUCACUGAUAGAGAAAAUUACGUGAGAUGUUCAAGGGGUUGCGAGUCGUUCGUGGCCCAGACUGGGGACAUCGUGACCAGGACGGCGGAGAAGGUUGCGUUGGCACGGUGAUUGAAUCACAAUCUCCGCAAAAUCCGAACACUGCCUGGGUGCGAUGGGACUCUGGCAAUGUAGGAAACUACCACAUGGGCGGUAAGAGUAACAAGUCCGAACUGCGGAUAUAUGACAACGCAACACUAGGAGUGACACAUAAGCAUAUUCAAUGCAACUGUUGCGGAAAAGAUGACAUAGCUGGGAUGCGUUGGAAAUGCCGUACAUGCAACGAUUACGAACUGUGCCACAAAUGUUACCACAGGGGUAAACAUAAUCUGGAGCAUCCUUUUAAACGAAUCGAGGCAGACGGUAUUAAUGGUGUUGACGUUCCAAGUCGGAGGUGGUCUGCCGAGAGCCGGUCAUUGGGGAUUUUCCAAGGUGCCCAAGUCGUGAGAGGGGCAGACUGGACAUGGGGAAAUCAAGAUGGGGGAGAUGGAAAUGUUGGUGCUGUGCGUGGAUAUGAUUACCAAAACAAACUGGUUUUUGAGCGCUCCUGUGUAAAAGUGAUAUGGUCGAGUGGUAUUAGCUGCAAUUACCGAAGCGGAGAAAACGGCAAGGUAGACCUGAAGUACACCGAAAGAGAUACCGGGGGUGACUUUUAUAUCGACCAUUUACCUGUUCUUGAUGAAAGCAAUGUUCGCCUGUAUGCGGUGCCGGGGGACAAGGUUUGUUUGCUGGAUUUGACCAUCCCGAUUCUUAAAGCACUGCAAACUGAAAGAUGUGGAUGGAAAGAUGAAAUGGCCAAGUUCAAAGGGAAAGUUGGUGAGGUCAUCAUGGUUGACAAAGAAGGAGACGUCAAAGUGAAGUUUGGAGGAUCUUCGUUUUUCAUCAAUCCCAUUUGCCUCGCACUUCAGGAGAAAAAGAGGAAAGUACGAGUUGAAGUUAAAGAUCAAGACGGGUUGCUUGCCGAGUUGCUAAAGCUUCAUCUAGAACAUGGAGUUGGGGCGAAUGACUCACCGACUGGAAUGGUACUUUUUAGAGCUGCGGCAACUGGGGAUAUCGAGAAAGUUCGGGAAACGAUCAAAAGCAAUCCAGAAGAGCUCAAUUUCAAAAACAGUAUAGGUCAGACUCCACUUCACGUUGGUGCAUACAAAGGGCACUUGGAUGUCGUCAAAGCCUUCAUUGACAGUAAAGCUCCACUGGAACAAAAGGACGAAGGCGGAAACACUGCGCUUAUAUUUGCAGUUUUUGGAAAAGAGCCAGAAAUCGUUGAGUAUCUUCUGCAGCGUGGUUGUGACGUCAAUAAUGCCAACAAGCAGGGCAGUACUGCGCUUCAUUUAGCUGCAGCUGCAGGUCAUCGAAAAUGUGCAGAGAUCUUGCUUAAACAUGAAAACAAACCUGUGGAUGUGAAAUUCCAAGACAUCCACGGCAACUCACCGUUGUUUAUAGCAAUCAUCCAGAACGACCGAAGGAUCCUACAUCUGCUAAUUGAUCAUCCAAGGAUCGAUCUGAAGCUACUCAACGGAAUAGGAAUCAACUGCUUACACUUUGCUGCCUGCGGUGACAAUUCGAUUCUUAAAGCUGCACCACACAUGGUCAACAUCCAGAAGAACGACGGAUUAAGUGCAAUUCACUUGGCUGUCAUAAACAAUCACGCAGAAAUAGUCUUGACGCUGAUCAAACAGGAGUCAUGUGACAUUAAUCUGAAAACAAUCGGUGGAGAAACACCAGUGCAUAUUGCAGUAGAGCGCUCAUUCAACAAGUGUGCUGAGGUUUUGGUGACUAACGGCGCCAACGUCAACGCUCAAGACCUGAACGGCAACACUGCACUUCAUCGUGUUUUUCUCAAAGCUGAGAUGAAAAACGCAUUUGAAUCCGUGCCAGUUGAAAAGUUGAGAGAGCUUAUUCGGAAAUCCGAACACGAGGGGGAAUCGUCCGAUAAGAAAACGAAAUUCCUUACUCUAGCAAUGUAUCUCAUCAACAACAAAGCCGACAUCUACAUCAAGAACAACAGAGGGCAGUAUGUUUUGGAUGUGACGCAGAAUCCAAACAUUCGCUCGUUGCUCAAGGAAGGAUUCGAAAAGAACAGGCGUGUUGGCCUCGUGGCCGCCGUGACCAAAAACGACAACUUUAAGUUCAAUUAGAAGAUGGAUCAUGCUUCAUUGAAGACUAUUAAUUUACUCUCUCGUCAAACCAUACACCCAGCUUAACCAAAUUACCAUCACAUUCUUCAGUAAUUCUUCGGUUAUAUUUCGUCAGAUUUUGUGCAUGUUUAAUUAAUUACGGGUCUAUGUAACUUUUGCAGGACAAAAAACACAAUGUCCACAGAUUUACACUAAACUUGCCCAAAAGAAGUAGAAUUAUUUUGUUGAUGUUUUCGCUGUACGAGUUUUGGUCUUGCGAGAUCAAAGCUGAUCGCCAUUUUAGUUUAUUGUAUUGACAAAAAAAUCUUAAGUUUUCGUUGGAAUUUGUUUUUAGUAGUCAAAGCUGUCUCAAGUAAAAUUUGUAUCUCAUUAUUGUUAUAACCUUGUUUUACAUUGUUAUUUCAUUAGUUAUGUUAUUUGUUUUAAAUUGAAAUGAGGAGUACCUCAAAAAGGAAUUUGGAUCAUUCCGUUUUUAUGGUGACGAUUGAAUUGGAGUACUGAAUAUUUAUCCGCAUCACAUGACGUCAUCAUCACAAUAAUCUUGAUUGCGGCCGAGUCAUUUAUAAAGUAAUGUCAAAAUGUUCGUAGAUUGGUGGCUAUUUAAUCACGAUUAUAACUUGAUAAAGCAGAUAAGCUACUUCAUGGUAUUGUUCAAUUUAAAAUAUUUAGUCAACUAUAAACGGUAAUGUUCAGAUGUAGGCCUAUGUGCAGUAACCAAGUUUGAAUAAUAUAAGCAUAACUUUGACCGAGGGUUGAAAUGAUAAACACGAAUAACAACAUCCCAAAAUGCGUAGGCGCAAUCUUUAAAAGAUACUCCAAUGCAUCGUUGGAAACAAUAGUAGAGUUAAACAAAUUAAGAUACCAAAAUGGACCCCCGUGCUGUAGUUUUCAAGAAACAUGCCAGGUUUUGUAGUUGUGCACAUUGGCUGACCGGGGUGAGCCCCGUCAAAGCUAUUCGAACGUACCGGGCAGACCUGGGUCGACCCAGGGAAGCUAAACGAAUGCACCCAUUAUUAUGCUAAAAUCGCGUGGAGCCGCCACAUUGUUUUACGUCAAGUGGUGCCCACAACCUGCUGAAUUGAUGCGUCUUUGGGAAAGAACCACUAGCGGGACCCAAGCGAAACUGGAAAACAUGAGUUAUGAGUUAUGGGCAUACAGUGGCAAGCAAAGAACUCUGCCAACGCAAGGAAUCGCGGGGACGAAAGGCACACGGAGCUGAAGGUUAGAUAUGGUAUGAUAUUGGACGGGGCAGGGGGACGGCAAAAAAAAAUCAACGGUCCCGGUAUAGUUAUCAUACGGGAAAGGGGAAAAAAGACUUAUAAACGACACGGGAUAGGAAAAUAAUAAAUUGUACGUGACCGGGUAUAAACGGGACUAAGAAAGAAUCACAUAGCGUCGGACCCACGCAUAACUGCAAAAUAUGGAUGGGGUCGACAAAUAAUGCCGGAACGGAAGAAAAACGGGCAAGUGUACGAUUUCACAAAGCACUAGGAUUCGUUUUAACUUAAGAUAGGUGGUUUACCACGGUAAUUUGUAUUGUGACCCUGCCCUCCACCCUUCCGCCAGGUACACCGCUACAUUUGCAGUCAGGAUAAUAUUGGAGAAGGAAGUGGCAAUAGGCAAAACUGCCAGUGCUGUUAGGCCUAUGCUGAAUACAAUAUUGGAUCAAAUUAGUAAGGUUUCCGUUCAAACUAAAGGGUUUCUUCUUCUAAGUUUUUAAUGUAAAUCAUAUUAAGAAGUUGUUAAUGUUCUUUGUUUUGUGACUAUUUAAUCAAGAUUAUAACAUAUUGAAAACAUUUAGUUCGAACGGUAAUGUUCAGAUGUGUGCUGUUCAAAACUGGUUAAAAUGAAACAUUUGGGAAAUAUGUGACAGUAGGUAUAGAAUGGUGAAUAAGUGAUGGAACAUGAUGCACAAACGGUAUCUUUAAACAAAAUACUGCAAUUCAACAUGGGACCCCUUGUAAAAAAUGUAUAUAUAACAUACAAGGAUGGACGCCUUGCUGUAGUUUACAUGUGAAAGGUUUUGUAGUUAUAGCUUCAUAGCUUCAAAAUCAGUGGUGCACCAUGACAGUUUCCUCAAUUUUAGAAGUAGUUUGAAAAUAAUGUUUUGUUCAAUACAAAUUAGGUUGGUUGGUUGCUCAAUUUUAAACGUUGGGUCAAAUAUCGAACUGUAAUGUUCAGAUGUUAGUCCAGCCCAGCACUGUUUACAGGGGGUUGAGAUUAAAAUAAAAUAAAAUUAAAAGAAAUAGCACGAAGAAUAGCCCAAAUAAUCAAUUAGCCGAUACCUUGUUAUUGGUAGAAAAUAAACACUAAAAUAGUCAGGAA